GUUGACGGAAGAGAUAUGUUCACAGCGUUGGUGGAACUUACGAAAGCCUUAAGAGCUGAAAACUCCGUCGCUAAAGAACUUAAAUCUUAUAUAGGAAAGGAACUUUUGCGGAUACAAAAAUUGGAAAGCAUUGCACGAGACUUGGAAAAUCACAGCGAACAAGCUCUGAACGAUCCAAUGAAAUACCUUGCAAACCCUGUAAACGCGUACCUCCUCGUUAAGAGGUUUGCCGUCGACUGGACAAACGUAGUUGAACAGUACAUCAAACCGCAUAUCAGCCAUGAGUUCUUGUCUAGCCUUUCAUCGCAGACGAGUUGGUUCCCAGACAGCGAAGAUCUGUCCGGGUCAGCACUGGCGCUUCUCAGACUGCAGGAUGUCUACGCCCUGCAGACGUCAGAAAUUGCAAAAGGAAAGAUUGAAGGGGUGGUCAAGUCUCCAGACAUGAAUGCUGAUGAUUGCUUCCAGCUCGGUUUAGUGGCUUACAAUCGCGAGGAUUUCUAUCACGCCGUACUCUGGAUGGAUGAAUCGUUGAAGCGUGAUCAGAAUGAAACUUUUAAGACCACAGACAGGAGUAAAACGUUGGACUAUUUGUCUUACGCCAUGUAUAGGCAAGGAAAUGUUCACCACGCUUACAACUUAACAAAAGAAUGGCUCACUAUGGACCCAAACAACGAAAGGGCCAAAUCCAACCUGAAUCAUUACAUAAGAAUGAUUGGUGAAAUCAGUCCCAAUGCCGAAAUGAAAAAUAUUAGAAGUCUCCCGGAACACAAGUACACCGCAGAUUAUAACAAUUAUGAAAAACUUUGCAGAGGAGAAAAAACGCACGUGUACCCGCACGAAAAAGAUCUGACGUGUCAGUACAAACGUCACAAGCCCAUGUUCUACCUCGCUCCAUUGAAGGAGGAGUUAAUGUACUUCGACCCGCCCAUUGCCAUCUACCAUGACGCCAUCUCUGAAAAGGAGAUGCAGAAGGUCAAGGACUUAGCUAUGCCGAUGUUGCACAGAUCUGGCGUUUUCCAGCUAUCAGAUACACAAUCUGAAGAGUUUCCAGAGUACAGAACAAGCAAAACAGCUUGGUUGUCGGACCACAGUGAUUCAUUGAUAGCACGCAUCGCUAGAAGAGCGAGUGGCAUGUCUAACCUUACUCUUGACACCGUCGAGUUUUUACAGGUGCUCAAUUACGGUAUUGGAGGACAAUAUGAACCCCAUUAUGAUUUUGCCAGGCCGAAUGAAGAGAGCACAUUUGAAGAAUGGAGAGGCAACCGAGUAGCAACCGUCAUUUUUUACAUAAGUGACGUAGAAGCUGGAGGAGCCACAGUAUUCAAUGAACUUGGUGUUAGGUUGACUCCGAAAAAGCGAGCAUGUGCGAUUUGGUACAACCUACUGAAGAAUGGGGAGGGUGACUAUAGGACGAGACAUGCCGGCUGCCCCGUAUUAUCUGGCACAAAAUGGGUUUGCAACAAAUGGUUCCACAUCAAAGGACAGGAAUUCUCAAGGCAGUGCAGCUUAUCACCAUUAGAAUAAUCUUAUAACGGAAAUAUUUUUUGACAUUAUAAUUAAUUGUAUAAAUUUUAAAUAUUUAUUUAGAAAAUAAUUUUUUAUAAGUAUAAAUUUUAUAUAUUUAUUAAUGAGUAUAAUUUUUUUAAAGUUAUUGUAAUAGGUUCUCAAAAUGGCUACAAAAACUUUAUAUUUUUAUAAAGUUCCAUAUUUUAACAUCAUACAAAGAAAGACUUAGUUUUAAACCGACACUAACCAAUACAUUUGUAUCUUUUAAACAGCGCUUUAUCAAAGUUGGAAGUUUAUUUUAUCCCUGAUACAAUAAUAAAUUACGUGAAUAUUCAACUUGAAAAUGAUUGCUUAAUGAUAAAUUGUUUGAAUCAGUUAUCUGGCAGUUAAAGCGAUUUAGGUUUUUAUUAUUAUUAUUUUCAUCAAUUAUCAUUAUUUUUUGAAGCAAGUUAUGAAAAUGAACAAUUUUGGAUUUUUUGAAUGAAUUGUUUCUUAUACCAGCAUUAAAAUUUGUAUGUUUAGCAUUUUAGAUAUUUCACUAAAAGAUGUUUAUGUUAAACUGAACAUUUUGACAAAUCAACGUUUUGUGAAC